AUGCCUAGCAUGUGGCUCACGGAUAUGCAAAAAAUUGGCGUUGCCUUCUGCUCCGGCGGGGGUCUCUUCCUGUUUGGAGGAGUGCUGAUGUUCUUCGAUCGGUCGAUGCUUGCCAUGGGAAAUAUCCUGUUCCUCAUCGGCCUUACCUUGAUUAUUGGAGUACAAAAAACAAUUGUUUUCUUCGCCAGGAAACAGAAACUCAAGGGCACGGCUGCCUUCGCAGCGGGUAUACUACUGAUUCUGCUGCGGUGGCCGCUGGUCGGGUUUUGUGUUGAGACUUACGGCAUUGUCAUCCUAUUUGGCGACUUCUUUGCCACAAUAGCGUCGUUCGCUGGCAACAUCCCGAUUGUUGGACCGUAUAUUCAAAUGGCGCUACGAAAGAUCUCCUUCCAGACAAGGAACGCAGAGCUACCAGUAUGA